UUCAUGACUAUUUUCCGUAGCCAGCCAAGAAUUGACCCGACUCGACCGUAUAAUAUACCGUAACAUAUUACAGUAGAACACGACGGAGUGGAAAGAAGAGCAACACGUACCGUAAUAAUUAUAAUAACAUCGUCAAAAUUCUGCAACGUCACGGAGUUUAGUUUAUCACCAAAACAUGCCAGACAUCACGAUUAAUUUGUGCGAGAGUAAAUUUCACAAUGGUUUUUUCAAAGUCGGAGGGUUCGAAGUCCUGCUUACCGGCAGACACCACGAAACCGCAAUUCUAGGUACUGCAUGCACAGAUUUUCAUCAAACUAUAUUGGAGAAGGCUGGAUGCCAAUAGCUUGAAGAUGCCGGACUGAAUUGAAAAAAGGGCGAACAGAAGAAGUACAAGAAAAACAUAAACAAGAAGGAAAAAUUAUUUAGAUAUUAGAGACAGAUUAGUUUAUGAUAAAAGCAUAUAAUGAGCCACGCUCAGCAGCAUGUAUUGGCUAGCGCGAUAGUCCUGGCCCUGAUAGUGGUCCUGGGAAUUCAUGUCUUUCUGUUUCCCAUGUAUUCGUCAAACCCUCGCAUAAGGAGGAUAAAGUUUUCUGAGUAUGAGCAGCCCUUGUGCCACACUAAUCUAAAGAACGUUCGUAUUCCUGUUGAGUGGAAGAACCAAUGCCCGAAGUAUGGAAUAGUAUCGGCUGUACAAGCAGGAAGACUGGGAAAUCAGAUAUGGGAAUACGCCUCUGUCUGGGCCAUAGCCAGAAGAACUGGCCUCGAAGCAUUCAUGCCGAGAUGUAUUCUCAAAACUCUUGAAGAACACUUUGAGCACCUUAGCAUACCUCCGUUAAGCUACAUUGGUCAAUGCACUUUAGACGGCAGUCAAGUCGUCAAUUCACUGGAUCAGUGGAACAGUACUGAACAAAGUAUUAUAUUACCAAAGUACGCUGCUCACUGGUCAAUCGUGCUCGACUGGCUGGAAGAUGUUCGACGAGAAUUUACUUUCAAGCCCAAACUUCGUACGAAUGCUGAGAUGGUGCUGAAGGAAGCUGCGCAACAACAUAAUUUGUCUGAUCCAACGUUUGUCGGUAUCCACGUAAGGAGAACAGACUAUAUAGAUUAUUUAUGGAAAACACGAAAGGUUCGUGCAGCGCCGGUAAGUUUUUAUCAUGCUGCAAUGGACCAUUACGAGAGAAAGUAUAAGAAUGUUGUAUUCGUUGUGGCCAGCGAUAAUAUUGGCUGGUGCAAGUAUAAUCUCAAAAGGAAGAAAAGCAAGAUCAAUUUUAUUUCCGAACCGGAUGAAAGAGGACCUGGCAAAGAUCUUGCCAUUUUAUCGUCAUGUAAUCACAGUAUUAUUGACUAUGGUACUUACGGCUCUUGGGGUGCGAUAUUAGCUGCUGGCGAAACAGUAGUUUUUAACGUGACUGAAUAUUUUUCUACACUCAUGGCUGAAGUGUUGCCAAAUUGGAGAGUUAUGGGAUAGAACAAAAUCAAAACUUUUCACAUCCCUGUACCAUAAGACUUACUGAAGCUGUAUAUCAAGCCAUGGUAAUUAAGACUUGGAAAUAUUCCUAUAUUUUUUUAAUAAACUAUCAGGUAAAGAAAAAUUACUUAUCAGGUGUAUAAAAUGAUACAACUUUUUCACUAAUCAAAUAAGCUUUCUCAAAUAUUUUAAUAUUUUGCAAACAGAUAAUACUGACAGUUAGUAGAUGACUGUGUAUGCAGUUUCAGGGAUGUGAAAUAUUCUAUUCAAUUGAAAUGGCCAAAUAAUCCUUUUAAAUGUCGUUUUGUUUCCACGUAACAACAUCUCGGUAAAAUACUACAGUCAUUACCCUGCUUAAUUCAAAAUAGAUCUCAGAACUGUUGUCGUUCUUUCAACUUUUCAUUAUGACAAAAUUUUUUAAUAUUUUUAAUAUCAAUUUGUCAAUACUUAGAUGCAACAGCAGAUUCGCGUGUUGGGUUCUGAUAAGAUAUUACCUAGCUCAACAGUAGUAAAUCUCCGUACUAUUAGGUUUUCUACAAGCCUUUUCAAUAACAGACCAAUAUAGCAUUUAAUAUUUUCUCUGUACAACAAUCAUGGAAGUAUAUUCAUUGGCGUAGUACAGUUAAUAGGUAGCUGAAUUGUUAGUGAAGGUAAUUCAUGUUCAAAAACAUAUAACAUAUACAUAUAUAUCCACACACAUUAAUACACAUACAUAGAUGUAACAGGACGCAUAGACAGGGCUUAAUAUAGAAAAAUGGUACCCUGAUGAGACAAUUUUUUUAACCAGUGAACAAAAUUUUGAGCUUUUCCAUGAAAGCAAAGAAAUUAUUUGAUUUUUCUAAUUCAUCAUCUUAAAAAUCAAAGUAACCUAAAUUUAAGUUUUUUUUUUUU